CCCCCGCAUAACUCGCUGGUAACUCGCCCUCAGACUCGUGAGUUCACGAGGCUAGUACGUAGUUGAGAAAUUCCAGCGACGAGAGCGUUCGUACGAGGAGCGCGUUUCGAUUUCACCUUCGAAGUGAAUCUUCGUUAUUUCUUUCUUUCGGUUUUUUUCCUCUUCGAACGAGCAACCUCUUGGAACAGUUAACUUCUAGAAACAAGAAAAUAAAAGUGUUGUACGUGAAUUCGGCGAAGUUUUUGUUCUGUAGUUUUACAACGUUCUUUCACACAUCGACCGUUUCGUACGGGAAUUUGGAAUCAAAUAUAGGAGACACGAUGAAGUCUCGGGCAGCUCUGCUGCUACUGCUAGCGACGAUCGUUGGUACCCAAGGAGGCGCAACAACGGUACCGCCAACCCAAAAAUCCACGAGUCGUGCACCCACAACCGAGGAGGUUACUAAAAAUGUCACUCUUCCGGAAAUCAAGAGAGAAAUGGUCAUGCUGGAAACGGACAUUGACAACAAAUUAAUGCCGAACCCACCGGAAUUCAUUCACCCGUUCACCAAUCCCAAGGACAUGCUUUUGGAGGAGAUUCAAUCGUUGGACGAAAAUGCUACAGUGUCUACGAAGGAAAUUCAAGAGGAGCUGGCUCGAGUGAUGAAAGCUGAGGCGCAAAGAUCACGAGACAAGCCGCGCGUCACGAGCACGCACAAGCCACGAGCACGAGUCACUCCCAGUUCUCAAAAUGCCUUGUUUGCCGAUGAUAAAAGUAUUCUCGAAGCUAAAAAGAACGAGAAAGAAGCUCUGAUAGCGCUAAAACUGGAGGAAAAAGAGUUGUCUUACGAUGAGGACAACAGCGACGAUGAUGAUGAAGAUGAUGGGGAUGAUGACGACGACGAGGAUGCGGACGACGAUUACGACGACGACGACGACGAGGAUGCCGAUGACGAGGAUGCCAUCGAAAACAACGACGAUGGGGCCAGCAGCGACGCAGACGACAUCGCUGACGAGGAAGAACUGAUGACCGAGUGCCCGGAUUAUUGCCGAUGCUCUGGUCAAUACGCAGCUGCUACAACAGCCAAAUGCAGCAAACUCAUCGAAAAUCAGAACUUUGGUUCAGGAAUCGCUCACCUGAGGAUCGAGAAUGCAGGCGAAAUAAAUCUCGGGCCACAGGCUAUUCAUUCGCGAGGGUUGCAACAAUUGGAAUCGAUCACGAUUGUCGACACGAAUAUUGUGAGACUCGACAGAAGCGCUUUCAAUGGUACGGAUUAUCUCUUUGCCCUGAAUCUGACGAGAAACGGCUUGAAAGAGCUCGAGGCGGAUUACUUCGAGAACAACACGCAACUGAGUCUGUUGACGAUUUCGGGCCAACCGUUCGAUCGCGAUUGGUUUAAAUCGAGGGACUACAUAUUCAACUCGACGAGUAUCGCCGAAUUGGACUUUUCCGAUAAUUCGAUACUUCGUUUGCCACGAGCUGCGUUUGCAAAGAUGCCCAACCUCGCUUUCGUCGAUCUCAAAAGAAACAAAUUGCAGAAUAUUGAUCAAUCGAUUUUUGAUUCGAUCGAUACGCUCGUCGAACUCGAUCUCUCUGGCAAUCAUUUGAACGAGAUUCCCGAGGGCGUGCUCGACAAAGGACUGCAGACGCUCCGAAUCAGCUAUAACAGUCUGACCAGCAUUGGAAUCCAGGAAAUGUCUAAAUUGACGAAUCUCGACGUAUCUCACAAUCGCAUCAAGUUCAUAAUGAAAGGCGAUCUCACCGGUGCAAACGCCUUGGAAAAAUUGGUCGUUGCUUCCAACGGAAUAAAGAGAAUUCAUCAACACGCCUUCACCGAUCUCUAUCAGUUGACUUAUCUCGAUAUAAGUGACAACAAAAUCACCUCGUUCAACGAGCACCAUUUGCGGACCAACGCCAGACUCCAAAUUCUUAUUAUGAACGACAAUCCUAGUUUGAACAAACUUCCGGUCUUCAAAGUCUUCGGCAACGAAUACGACACAUACGCGAUUUAUCGUUUCGAAUGUGCCAACUGCGGUCUCGAUACGCUCACCGAAGGAACUUUCGACUCGAUGCCAGCAUUGAUGAAAAUGAACCUCGCAAGAAAUCGAUUGGCUCGUUUGCCCACUGGUCUCCUGAAAUCCAUGUCUUCGCUCCGAGAAUUGGAUCUGUCGGACAAUAUGAUAAACACUCUUGAGCCGAAAAUGUUCCUUGGUGCACGUACCCUCUUGAAACUCAAUCUCGCCGGUAAUCCUCUCGUCAGUCUCCAAGUUACGCCAUUCCUUCAAACUCCCGGAUUGUCCAGGCUCGAUGUCAGCAGAUGUCAACUACGAAGAAUUUGGAGCGAGGCUAGACAGCCCCUCAAAUCUCUCAGAUUCCUCUCAGUUCGUGGCAACGAACUGAAACAAAUAACUCAUGAGGAAUUGAAAGCAAUGCCAAAAUUGUCUGGUCUCGAUGUAUCGCACAAUCCGUUUAUGUGUGACGAAGAAUUCAAUUCGGCGGUACAAUGGCUUAUCGAUCACGGUGUCACACCCACUGAAGUUUUGGGUUACGUCAACAACUACGGAAUGGCUGGAAAUGAUUACGCAGAAACGGGAGGUGUCAGUCAGUGGACGGAUCUCGCGAGAACCGUUUGUGACAACGAUGAAGAUGGUCCACCGUCCAGAGACAUGGGUCGCAAACCCAUCGAUCAUGUUGUCACUUUCGCCUCCUCCGAUGACGCUCUUCCUGAUCUCGAUGCUGACGGUCUUCCAGAUUUCAAGCUCGAUCACGACUCGACAUUGGACGGAAAAGUCGAUGCAAUCUGGCAUGAUCAGUAUCAAGAAUACGAGGACGUGAACACCGUGAAAUAUUCUGAUGAGGUUGAAUUCCGUUACCCAUUGAUGAGCCCAUUGGCUUGGCAGAUUCUGACCUCAGUGCUGAUCGCACUGACGCUGAUCCUACUGUUCGUUAAAUUUGCGCAUGUGACAUGGAAUUCAAAGGGCCGUGGUCCGGUGAUAAGGCCACCGAUGAUGCUUCGUCAGGGCCUGGUUGACAACAAGAAUUGCGGCCUCGUUUACAAGCCACUUCAGGAAGAAAUAGCAACGCCGCACAUGUCUAAACGCGGCAGUUUCUAUUCGAGCAGUACUUUCCACUACGAUAAGAUCGUUCCCGAGAGUGUUUAAAAGAUAAAGAAUUUAAGCGACGCAGGAAGUAGCGAAAAACGCGAGAAACGAUCUCGUCACCUACAAAUUUCAAUUUUCCGUCACAAAAAAUCGUUCAAGCAUGCAAAAUUCUUCCUUUUUGUGAGAUUCGAUCGAAAUGCGCACAAAAUUAUCGAGGUUCACAAAAUUGUUGAUCAAUUUACAUAUAUAAGGAUGACGAAUAUUGUCGAAUUAUUAUUCCAAGCACGUUUCAUUCAAUUCGCAGUCUUCCAAGAACCAACCUUUUAAUUAUAUAUUGAAGUUUCAUCCACGAGGAGGAUUUGAAGAUUGUCGGAGACACAGAUUUCCUUAUUUCCCUUUUUCUUUUCCUUCCAAUUUAAUGCCCAACGGCAACGAUGCCAAUCGCAGUUACUUAAUAUCAACAAAAUAAGAAAAACCGCCAUUUUUCGGAAAAGUUGCACUUCUAAAUAUUUACCCAAAAUAAAUCAAUCGAUCGAUAAUUUAAGCCCUGUUCCGGCGUCUAGUUAACGAUACUGUGAAAAAAAGAAAUUACUACGUCGUUACCGAUCAAGGAACGAGUGUCCGAGGAUUUUUUUCUCUAUAAUCCAACAAUGAGACGAGCCAUAUAAUUUUCUUUAUACACUACGACGCGCAGUCUUUAAUUUACGGGAUAAAUUUUAUUAAAAACACAAACACAAGAAUGUGCGAAAAGCACUUUGCUGAUACGAACAAAUUACUAAUAAGAUGGCAAGAAGAAACAGACAUGACUUAAGGAUGGAUGGUGAACAAGUGUAAAAACAUUUGCAAAUUUUAUACGUCAACUAAUUCGAAAAAAAAUGAAAUCUUUUUUUUAAUGAAAUAAUAUAAUAUUCUGAUCAUUUUUUUUUACUCCAAGCAGAAUUCCACAAAUUGUCAUUUUUGAAUGAUGAAUAUCUGCGAAGUUUCGGGAACGAGACGAUUUAAAACUUUCAUUGCAUCCUUAGAGAGAUACAACUACUUAAAAAAUGUGUGCGUUUACUUUAAACUACGCCCGAAUUUGUAGAUUAUAAUUGUACGGUAUUACCAGAGGAUCGUCAACGAUCAGCGGAAAAAGAUACAUUUUGUCUUCUUUUUUUUAUUUGAUAUAAGUAUUAAGAUUACGAUCGUAAAAUAUCCACUAAUUUUAAGAAGGUCGAAAAAUGAAUAAUUAUAUGCCGGAUCGUGCGGAUCAGGCUUACGGUUUUCACGCUAUCCACUGUAAAUAAUAUAUAACAAUUUUAAUAAAAAUAUUAAACUUAUAA